AACUAGGUGCCCAGUCGGUUGGUGAGUGGUUGGAAGCUUGCAACACAACGGCCCUGAGCUUCAGACAGCGGCUUAGACAUUUCGCGAUCUGCCACCUUUCAACCUGGACAGCUCCCACCACAAGUCGGCCGCCCUCACGCUCACCGGGGCAGGACCUACUGCAUUCAAGGCGUGCCAUCGAGCUCCAGAGUCAAGCUCGGCAGCGACGGGCUCACAGAAAAGAGCAAGUGCGGCGAUACGUACCGACAGAUUGAACUCGGGAUUGUCAACAUACCAAACUUCAGCUACACGACUGCGAAAGGGCCACGACUAAGAGCAGGGCGAACGACCAGGAGCCGAAUCCUUUCGUCCCACCUGGGCAUUAUUUCUCUUUCUCGAUCAUUGGGAUUGUUUCGAGGCUUUGAUUGAAUACGCAUGCCCCUUUCAAGCUUCCACGCGUGAUCGAGGUCGCAGCACCACUCUUCCCACCUCAGGAUGGACCAACCGGCGCAAACGGCCCAUGGCCAGGAGGAUACCACCUCCACGCAGACAAAUCCCCAGCCAGAGGGCCCCAACGCGGCCCACGCUCAACCAGUACCCGAUGCCAAUGCCAAUCCCAUGCAGCACGCCGACUUCUCGAAUCUCCCAAUGCAGCCUGGCAUGCCCGCGGACCUGAACAUGCUGUCCAUGUUGCCACAGGAUGGAAGCUUGAUGGGAGCAGAUGCACUUAUGAACAUGCCCCACAUGCCGAUGAUGAUGCCUAUGAUGAUGCCCGACGGCUCAAUGGAUGCCAACGGCAUGUUAAGCAUGCCUCAGAACGGAAUCAGCAACGAUGAGAUCGCGCUGUAUGACAGGCAAAUACGUCUUUGGGGAAUGGCGGCGCAGCAGAAGAUCCGCAAUGCGAACGUGCUGCUCAUCACGAUGAAGGGCCUGGCGAAUGAGAUCGCCAAGAACCUGGUGCUUGCGGGCAUAGGGUCCCUGACCAUUAUCGACCAUGAGAAUGUCACCGAGGCCGAUCUGGGGGCGCAAUUCUUCCUCUCUGAGAAGAAGGGCCACCUGGGAAAGAACAGGGCCGAGGCAGCACUCCCUCAAGUUCAGGAACUGAACCCACGUGUCACCGUCAUCGCCGACACGGACGAUGUGCGAUUCAAGGGCGCCAGCUACUUCGCCCUGUUCGACAUGGUCAUUGCGACCGACCUGGACCCUGAUGCCCUGAAUAUCAUCAACACAGCGACGCGCCUGAAUAUGCGGCCCUUCUACGCAGCUGGUACGCAUGGCCUUUACGGCUUCAUCUUUGCUGACCUGAUCGAGCACACAUUUUCGAUUGAGCGGGAGAAACCCAACGUGCCCACCGAGUUGAGGGCCGAGACCCGAACUCGAAAUAUCUUUGCCGUCGACACGAAAAAGGAGAAUGGGAAGGUGAUGGAGAUCGUAUCGAAGAAGGAGCUCUACAGCACUUGGUUGCUCUCCAGCGACGGCGCGUUCCUACCUGAAGAGUAUACAAAGAGCAAGCGACGCCUCAAAGCGGUCAGCCCUGCCUUGUCGUGCCUUCGGGCGCUGUGGGAGUUCCAGACAUCUCACAACGGUCGCAACCCUGGAGCCAACCAGGCCGACCUCGCUGCUUUCACAAAAUCGGCCACUCAAAAGCACAAAGACCUACAGUUACCCGGAGAGACUCUGACUGCCGAGUUUCUGCGAAGUUUCCUGCAGAAUAUCGGGUGCGAGGUCGCACCGGUUACUGCCAUUCUUGGUGGCCAAUUGGCACAAGACGUGAUCAAUGUACUGGGCCAGACCCAACAGCCCAUCCAAAACACGGUCAUCUUCGACGGCAACACCAUGGAAGCCAACCUCUACCCUCUCCAUCCCGAAGGUGCCCUGGGCGCAUCGCUUCUUUCUAUGGGCAUGGGCAACAUAGCAGGAAUCCCCGGGAUGGGCAAUGGAGACAUGAACGGGUUGAUGGGGGAUCCUUCGAUGAUGUCCAUGGGCCUGCCUAUGAUGGAUCACAACUUCAACAGCGCAGCCAUGGGUGGGGCUGGCGUGCACCCGCAAUUCAACAACUCGGGAGCUGGCGCGGGUGAGACGCAGACGAACUUCGUUGGUGCUGGCGCAGGCCCAAGCACAGGCCCACCUGCGGGAACUGGCACUGGUGAAUCACAUACGAGCGGCUGAUCGUUCUCGCGAGUGAUCGCAUGUGAGCGAUAGAGCUGAUGAGGCAUGCGCGAGCGAGGCGGUGGUUGGCGAAUGCACGAGAUGAAGUUGUCUACUAAAUGCACUGGAAUCAUCUUGAGAAUCUUGAGAAUCUUGAGAUGGAGGCAUCCUGGGGCAUGCAUACAAAUGGCAAAUGGGGGAAAAUGUACAGUAAAGUAAUAAUGCGUCGUGAUACCUUUGGGGGGGGGGGCACGUCGGGAAUGGCGUUGGAUAGAUGAUGAGGAAACGCACCGGAAUGAAACGAAGCAUUGGCAACUCGAA